AUGAACGACGCAAAUCACAAUCAGCCUGACCUAAAUCCGUCACAAUCAGAAUACGUUCACAGCGUCUUCGCCUUUCAAAUGGAGCCCAUCGACCCUGCCUUGACGGCUGGCCAGUCCAAUACCCCUUUGCGACCGACCUCGCAGACGUCCCCUCCUCAGUCUUUUCCAUCCAACUUGGGGCAAUUCCAAAACCCAAAUUCCCAUCCCACUUUCCCCCCUCCCAACCCUCCUCACCAUUCCCGUAUUGCAGCCCAGAACAAUCCUAACAUGAGCGUCAUGGGAAAUGGAAACGGCAUGGCACCUGACCAAGGACAUACCUUCAACCAGCAGUUGCCGUCUUUUGGUUUUCAACAUCCCACACAGCCGUCCGCCGGCCAGCCCAUCGCAACGACCCAAGCCAACUUUCACAACAACAUGGUCAAUAUGGGGGCUCAGCAGGCCACUCAACAACCUCAGCCAUCGUUCAAUGGCCAUAUGAGCCACAACACAGGGGGAAACAAUUUGAUGGGGUUUCCUCAACAGGCACAAGCCGCCGCGGCCAUGCUACAGUAUGCGCAUCACCAACAACCUGUCAACGGAAUGGUGAACCCGUACCUGGGUCAGAUUCCUUCGUCCUUCGAUUUCUCGAUUAUCCCUGGCGCCGCCAGCCAUUACAACAAUGGCAGCUUUCACAACAACAACUCUUCAUUCCGUCCCAACAGCAUGCCUGCAUUGCAAUCGCAGGCUCCUCAACCUCCGGCUACCUCCUUACCAGCGGAUGCUCUCUCCCGUGCUGCCGAGACAAUGAAGAGCCAAGUCGCUGCGGAGACGACGAAAAAGGGGGUCUCAAAGAGUGCCACAAGCCAGACACCUGCCACCCCCCAAGAAGCGAAUCCCGCCCAGCCUGCGAAGCGCAAGAGGAAUUAUGCUCCUCGAAAGCCAAAGGCCGACGGCACAACCGACCCUACGGCUCCCAAAGAGCCACCGAAGAAACGUCAGAGGACGCAGAAAAAGAAGACAGAGACCACCGCACCCGUCGCACCGGAGGCCAUUGCACCCGUCGCACCGAUGGCUGCUAUGUCGACACCGACGUCUACGCCAACCUUUACUCCAGCCCUCUUGUCGACCACAAACCAUUAUGGUGCUUCUCCAGCUAACCCCUUCGUACAGACAACAGGCUCGGCCACACUUCCUCCUUCCGCCCCUCAUAAGCAGGUAGCCCAGCUUUCUUCCCAGGCGCCGAUCUUCAAUAUGGCUCCCCCCUCACCUAUUCAGGUCCCGUCGGAAUUUGCUGCGGCGGCUUAUUCUGCUCCGAUCCCAAACUUGAGUUCUGCACCACCAACUCAUGUGGUGAAGCAAACUCCGGCGAAGGGUAUUGAGAAACAAGCCCCUGCUGUGCCUAACAAGGUCUCGCCUGUUCCUGUUCCGAAUAUCCCAACAGUUGCGAAAGUCGCAUCUGUGUUUCCUCGACAAGCUCCUGGUGUUGCUCAAUCUUCUACUGCAGCUCCAGCUUCAACUCAAGCUUUUGCUCCGGGCCCAGCUCGUGCGCCGGCACUAGGUCCUACCCCGGCACCCACCCCGACUCCUACUCCUGCUCGAGUUUCUCCUCAACAUCCGUCUCAACCUCCCAAGCAGGAUCCAGUUGGACCUUCAGCCCAGAGAGCUCCUAAUGCGGCUUUCACUCCGUCUCCUUCUCCAGCUCCCGCCCGGCAUCCUCCUCAGUCUUCCACCCAAGAACAGACCCAACCUCCUGCUCAACUUCCGGUUCAACCUUCCACUCAUGUGACGGCCCCACCUGUCGGUCAGGAGCCUGCUCAGCAAACCGUUCAGCAACAGGCUCAGCAAGCUGUUCAAAAGCCAGCUCAGCAUAUUGUUCAGCAACCAGCCCAGCGUGCUAUUCAGUAUGCUGCUCAGCGUCAAGCUCAGGCUCCUGUUCAGCAUCAAGCUCAGGCUGUUGCUCAACAACAAGCCCAAGCUACUGCUCAGAAUCGUGUAUCUGCUCAGCCUGCUGUUCAACAUUCAUAUCAGCAUGCUGUUCAGCAGCCAUCUCAGCAACAGGCCCAUCAACAGACUCAACAUACUCAACAACAGGCUCAGCAACAGCAGACUCAGCAACAACAGGCCCAGCAACAGUUCCUGCAACAAGCUCAGCAUGCUUUUCAGCAACAGGCCCAGCAAAGGGCCCAGCAGCAAGCUCAGCAUGCCGCUCAACCACAAGCUCAGCAUGCCGCUCAACAACAGGCUCAGAAUGCCGCUCAACAACAGGCUCAGCAACAGGCCCAGAAUGGUGCUCAGAUCCCAGCUCAGCAUACCACUCAGCAACCAGUUCAGCAUGCUGUCCAACAUCAAGCUCAGGCUGCCGCUCAGAUUCCAACAACUCAGCAUGCCAUGCAAGCCUCCUCGACCGGACCUUCCCUCCAACCCUCAACUCAACCAGCACUUCCCCCCCAGAUCCCCAACGUAAACACCUCCAACCUCUCAAAGCCCGUAACCCCCACCAUCAUCUCCCCCCAAGCCGAUACCGACUUCUACUGCGUCUUCGGCAUCCACACCCUCCACCACUUCCGCGUGCGCCGCAGCACGCUCAAACACCUGCACCACCCAACCUCCCUCACCACCUCCCCCUUCCCCAAUAUUGUGUACAUCAACUUCAACGAGGCGCUCACCACCCCGGGUAGUGGUACCACCCCGACCGAGCUCUCCAACGCCCCCGGCGAGACCGCCGACUCGCACAUGCAAGCCUUCGGUCGUUUGCUCCGCCUCCUCGAAGACCCCGCCACCCAGGGCAAAACAGCCUGCGACGUCGAGACCAUCUGGCGCUUAUCCAACCUGCAGCCGGCGCUUGGGCUGGAUAAGGGGUACGUCGUGAGUUGGUUGAGACGGUGUAUGGGGUUGUUUAUUGGGCAGGUUACCACGCCUGUGUCUGUGCCGACGACGGUGACGAGCAGCACGAGCGGUGGUAGCGGUAACAAAGAGAAUGUGAAUCCACAUUGGAUGUCCACACAGGUGGCGGAGGAGGAUCUGUUUGAGGAGCGUGAUAUGAAGGGGGCGGACUUGAAGAAGAAUAAAUGGGAGAAGGCGUUGGAGGCAUGUAGGAAGUUUAUGUGGAUCGUGGAGUGGAGGACGUUGGUGGCUAGGUUGGCGUAUGUGUGUUGUGUGGAUAAGGAUGCGCAGGGACGGUUUGUUUUGAGGAAGCCGGGUGGUGGUGUUGGUGGGGGAGGGGUGUUGAAUAGGGGGUUGGUUGGGGAGGAGACUAUUGAUGCCAUCGUCAACACCCGAACCAAAGCCUGCGACUACCUGAUAAACGUAGCUGAGACCACAUGCAAGAACUGGCACGGUCGUAUCAAGAACGGCCAACGCAACGGCGGCUGUCGCAGCAAAUUGUGCAUGGAAAAGCGCAUGGCCGGUUUGACACAGGUCAUCAGAGGCUUGGGUCUGCAUAUACCCAAGGAAACCACUGCAACAACCACAACCACACCCACAGCCGGAGCAUCAUCCAACGGACCCAACGGACCCAACCCAGAGACCCAAGCCCAAGCCCAAGCCCAAGCCCAAGCCCAAACCGCCUCUAUCGAAUCCACCUUCCACGGCCAAGGAACUAAAAUGACCAACGGCCUCUCCAUCCACUCCGUCUUCGACAUCAUGAAAGCCAUCGAGCACGAGCGUCGCGGCAGGUACCGCUUCGCGGACGCCAUGAUGCAGCAAUUCGCCGGCAAAUGCUACGACUGCAUGAAGGGCUCGGCGUUCGGCCCGGGCGAGCUCAAUCCCACCAACACGCUGUUCCCUAUCAUCGACUUGCUGUAUGAGAUGUUGUGGGAGUUGAGGGUCAAGUUUUUGGAGUGGACGGAGUAUCCGUGGGCGGAGAGGAUUGUGCUUACUGGUAUUCAAGCCGAUGGCGCUUCCGCUUCUGCUGUUGCGGAAAGAUUGCAAGCGGUAGUGGGCGGUGGUGCUGUUGGCAUUAUUGGCACAGAUGGGAGGACUGUUGGCAGUAAUUAAGGAUGGGGAUGGAUGGAUCCCUCUCUAGCCAGGGUAUUUUCUUUUUGUGUGUGCAUUAUUAGGCGCUGAGGGAAAAGAAGGGUUGGCGUAUCGACUAUAUACCCGGUUAG